AGACGGUAUAUUUUUUGGUAUAUUUCAGAUGGACAGACAGUAUGAUUAUCGAAAAAUCGAAAAACAGUCACACUGAUUGAUAUUCUUUGUGACAAGUUAAAUCGUAAAAACCUGAAAGCAAAAUGACUGGUCGUGGAAAGGGAGGAAAAGGAUUGGGAAAAGGCGGUGCCAAACGCCAUCGCAAGGUCUUGCGUGAUAACAUCCAGGGAAUCACCAAGCCAGCCAUUCGUCGUCUGGCCCGUCGCGGCGGAGUAAAGCGUAUUUCAGGCUUGAUCUACGAAGAAACCCGAGGUGUCUUGAAGGUCUUCUUGGAAAACGUGAUCCGUGAUGCCGUCACUUACACCGAGCACGCCAAGCGCAAGACCGUGACCGCUAUGGACGUGGUCUACGCCUUGAAGCGCCAGGGACGUACCCUGUACGGUUUCGGUGGUUAAAUGAAACCCCGGCCGAAAUAUUAUUCACCAUUUGGAAACUAUAACUUAAUCCAAAACUUAAUCAAAAAAAAAUACUUGAUCAAAAACUUAACCAGACGCA